AACUCUGUUUUUUCAGCUCAAUAGUCUCCUCCCAUGGCAGAGUCCCGGAAAGUAGCAGUAAUCGGAGCCGGCGCAUCGGGUCUUGUGACGUCGCGUGAGCUACAAAGAGAAGGUCACAGAGUUGUUGUAUUCGAGAAAUCAAACCAACUGGGUGGUCUAUGGGUUUACAAUCCUCGAGUUGAGACCGAUCUACUCAGUCUCGAUCCAAACAGAGAAAUUGUUCAUAGCAGUCUUUACAAAUCUCUUCGAACAAAUCUUCCUCGACAACUUAUGAGUUUCAGCGAUUACUCUUUCGAUUGUGCAGAAAUUGGGAACCGAUUGAACUUUCCUGAGCACGAAGAAGUAUUGAAGUUUUUGAAUGAGUUCGCUAACGAUUUUGGGAUCAAUGAGUUGAUCAGAUUCAACACGGAGGUAGUACGAGUUGCGUCGGUUGAAUUUGGGGGAAAUCGUUGGGUUGUUGAGUCAAAAUCGGAGGAGUUAAGUUCAGAAGAGGUGUUUGAUUCUGUAGUGAUUUGUAAUGGUCACUAUACAACACCCAGAGUUGCAAAUAUUCCAGGUAUACACAACUGGCCUGGAAAACAAAUACAUAGCCACAAUUAUCGAGUUCCUGAGCCAUUUAAGGAUCAGAUUGUAGUAGUAAUUGGAGAUGGACCAAGUGGACUUGAUAUUUGCCGAGACAUAGCGACUGUAGCCAAGCAAGUUCAUCUGUCAACAAGAUCUUCUGAAAUUGAAGUUUCGAAAUUGGACAAUUAUGAAAAUCUAUGGAACCAUUCAAAGAUUGAUCAUGUUGAUGAAAGUGGUGAAGUGACUUUCUUGGAUGGAUCUUCUAUUCACGCUGAUAUCAUUCUCCAUUGCACAGGAUACAAAUAUGAUUUCCCAUUUCUUGAAACCAACGGAAUAGUAAGUGUAAAUGACGAGGGCCGUGUUGUUGGACCACUAUACAAGCAUGUCUUUCCUCCAAUGCUUUCUCCCUGCCUCUCCUUUGUUAGUAUACCUUAUCAGGGAAUAGUCUUUCUAAUGUUUGAAUUACAAGCCAAAUGGAUUGCACAAGUUUUGUCUGGAAAGGUGUUUUUAUCUGAAGAGGAGAUGUUAGCUGAUGUUGAGGAUCAUAAUAGGCAACUUGAGGAAGCCGGCACCCCAAAACGUCACACUCAUCGCCUUCACCCUCAGAUGGAGUACAUGGACUGGAUAGCAGCUCAAAUGGGAAUACCAUCAGUUGACGCCGGCCUAAAGGAAAUGUAUUGGAGUAUUUACAGAUGUGCUGGUGAAGUAGGGUAUGCUAACUAUAGGGAUUUGUGGGUCUUUGACAAUUUGGCUAAAUACUCUUUGUAGUUAUAAAAAAUUAGUGUUUUUUUAUACGUAAUAUUAUUUCUAUUCAUUUUCUGUUUUAUAACAUUCAUUAUAUAAUUAUUCCAAACAUUAAUAAUAAUAAUACUAUAUCACAAACCUUCUCUCUACCUCCACGAGGUAGUGAUAAGGCCUGCAUACACUUUACCC